AUGUCUCCACCAGCCGUUAACUUUAACAACAAUAUGCUAAUGAAAACGGGGUCAAAUAUAAGUAGUACUAUAGAUACAAAUUAUAAAAGAGCGUACAUAAGUUUUUUGGCAGGAAAUGGUGAUUAUAUAAAAGGUGUGGUGGGGUUGGCUAAAGGGUUAAGAAAAGUUAACUCAAGGUACCCACUUGUUGUGGCGGUUCUGCCUGACGUUCCGGCGGAACACCGUCGUGUUUUGGAGUCACAAGGGUGUAUUGUUAAGGAGAUUGAACCUGUUUAUCCACCGGAAAGUCAAACGGAAUUUGCUAUGGCUUAUUAUGUCAUCAACUACUCCAAGUUGCGUAUAUGGGAGUUUGUGGAGUAUGAGAAGAUGAUAUACUUAGAUGGCGACAUUCAAGUGUUUGAAAACAUUGACCAUUUGUUCGACUUGCCAAACGGAUACUUUUACGCCGUGAUGGACUGUUUUUGUGAGAAAACAUGGAGCCAUACAUUGCAAUAUAAAAUCGGAUAUUGUCAACAGUCACCUAAUAAGGUUCCAUGGCCAACAAAAAUGGGUCCAAAACCUUCAUUGUACUUCAAUGCCGGCAUGUUUUUGUUUGAACCUAGUAUUGACACAUAUCAUGAUUUGUUGAAGACUGUUAAGGUUACCCCUCCAACAUCCUUUGCUGAACAGGAUUUUCUAAACAUGUAUUUCAAGGACAUAUACAAGCCACUCCCAUUGGAUUACAAUCUAGUUCUUGCAAUGUUAUGGCGACAUCCUGAAAAUGUCAAUCUUGAAAAGGUGAAAGUCGUACAUUACUGUGCUGCUGGAUCAAAGCCAUGGAGGUAUACUGGUAAAGAAGAGAACAUGCAAAGAGAAGACAUAAAAAUGCUUGUUAAAAAAUGGUGGGAGAUUUAUAACGACAAAUCUUUGGAUCUUAAUAUGGCAACUCGUCAUGUUACAAGCAACGGAAACAAUGGAGAAAUGGUUUUACUUUCAGGACUUUCUGAUGCUAAUAUAGCUGUUUGCGCACCCUCGGCCGCUUAAAUAUCGUUUUUGGAGUAUCUUUUUUGGUGUAUUAUAUGUAUGUAUGGUUUUGCGAUCGUUGGACUCCUUAGGAUUAGGAUUCUGAU